AUGAAUCCUUCUGACGCUGCAACAAGAGCCAAAGAGGUGCCUAAAAUAAACAAUGGCAAUAUUUGGUUAAAAGGGCCAACCAUUUUACGUCAAGAACAAAAUAGCUGGCCAAUUGCUACAUUUUCGUUUUAUACUGACGCGCCAGAAGAAGAGAUUACGACACCGAUAUUACUACAAUAUCAGGCCAGUGAAACAUUAAUAGAAUUUAAUCGUUUCAUUUAUUUUUUUAGACUUAAACGUUCUGUUGGCUGGUUCCUAAGAGCUGUUCAAAUAUUCCGUAAAAAACGAGAUCCACUAUUUAUAGAAGAGUGUAAUAAUUUGCAGUCGUUGCCACCGUUAUUACCAAGUGAAAUCAAUGAAGCCGAAAAAUUUAUAAUGCAACUGGUACAGGAGGAUUGUUUUUCGGAGGAAAAGAGUCUACUUAUGCUUCAACAGCCUCUUAACAAAAAAUGCAAACUAUACAAAUAA